AUGUCCGAACAGACUGCAAUCGUUGGCCGCGAGGAGAUCAUCGACAUGGUCAACCACGCGUUCCGUACGUGUCGCUCUUCUCUACUCAUGGCGAGCAUCAUGAGGGCAGCCUCUGAGCAGCCUUGGCCAGAAGUACCCGCGCUAGACGACGACUGGCGAGGCCUCCUCGUUGCCCACGCCUAUCGGAUUGCCGUACUCGACCAUGACAUCAAAGCUUGGGCAGGUUGCAUGGAGUGGGUCAUGCCAGAGCCAGGUGAGGACGAGCCCAAGGACAUGGAUGAUCUAGAACACUUUUUCAACCUGAUCCUCAGUGCCACGGAGCUGCUGGGCAGGGUCGUUGAUAGCGGACGAGAGAUGCUGAGCAAGCUGAGCGAGGCGAAGAGGCAGGCAGAGGAGCGGGGCGAGUGCAGAGCGACCUGGACGAGGCCUUGCGUCAACAGUAGCCCCUUCACUUCCGACCAUACACAACAUCUCGAUCCGCCCAGUCUCUCCAGCUCAACCUACGUUGUUCCUAUACAAAGGUCGUCCGAAGCACCCCUUGAAACACGCGGGGAGCUUAACGUAAAGGCAGGGCUCAGCUCAGCGGACAGUAUGGUUCCCUUUUUCCACGCCCACAAGCCCACCAAGGAGGUAGUCGACGCGGCCGUCAAUGACCUUGCACCCCUUCUUCAGGAGGCAGAGGAUGCGGUUGACUUCGCCGAAGAGACAUGGUCGCGCCCAUGCGCCAGGCAGCAGCUCAGCCUUGCCCUCGAACUUCCCAGCUACGUUACGACUGGCGCGCCGUCUUGCUUCGUGAUGCCGACCGCAUCACCGCCCUAA